UCAGCGGCAUCCUGACCAACCUUGACAGCGAGCCAGCACCUAUAUAAGCUGAGGCUUGGUUUGGCAGAUCAUCAUUCUCUCAACGGGACCACUGUGAGCAUCAUGUCAAUGAUCAUCUUCGCAGCUUUUAUUGGUGUGUGCGCGGCGGGUGCCCUCCCAGCGUACGUCCCUCCUCAAUACCGCUUUUCGCCGGCUUAUUACCAGGAUGGUAGAGCCAGGUCGUCCCUGGAGGGGGGCGCCGCUAUCUUGAGGUCGGAAUCAGAAGUCAACGAACAGGGCUUCCACUACGCUUACGAUACAGAGAACGGUAUUUCUGCUGAGGCUUCAGGAGUUGAAGCUAAUGGCAUCCAGUCCCAGGGUCGUUUCUCUUACACCGGUGACGACGGUCAGGUUUACGCCGUGACCUACACAGCUGACGCUAAUGGCUAUCAGCCUCAGGGCUCUCACCUGCCCACCCCUCCGCCCAUCCCGGAAGCCAUCGCCAGGUCUCUACAAGAGAACGCCAGAGACGAGGCAGCCGGUAUUUUCGAUGAUGGAAGCUACCGCGACGCUAAAUACGAACCUGCCGUGAUCGCUGCCCGAGCCCAGUACCCCUACGCGAAAGGGCAGUACGUGAACCCUGCCUUCCGUCGCUUCUACAAAUACUAGAAACACCAAUACUACUCAUACCCUUCUUAUUUAUAAAGCAAAGCAGAUAAAUAUUCACAUCGUAAAUGAUAAAGCUGUGAAUUUUAGCUAAACUUUGUUUUAUAAGUACAAGGCUUAAUGUGUUUAAGGUAAUCUACAUUCUCGACAAACUUUCCUUCAGAGUGUUCGUUGUUAAGACACGCAGCGAGAACGUAGAGAUGCUCUUAAAGAGGCAAACUCAGCUAAGUUAUGUGCCAUUGUGAUUGUAAGUAUAUUUUUAUGGUAAAGCAAAUAAACGUUGAUUGACGAUA